GAUAAGUAUAAAUGAGUAGACAUGUUCUCGUCCAACCUGGAAGUUUGAAGGAGAAUCAUCGACUCAUCUGGCUUUCUAGCCUUCACAAUAUUCAAGCCCUCUUCUCCCGCAUAUUGUCUUUAGAACGCUAGACAUGGAGCUCACCAAGUUCCUCGCCUUCCUGGCAGUCGUCCUGCCCGUUGCCUAUGGUGCCCCUUCGCCAGUCGCAACCAGCCUCCAUCCCGAGAUCCUGGCCGCCAUGAAGCGCGACUUGGGCCUGGACGCUAAGGAGGCCACUGCUCGUGUCAACCGGGAGCAUUGGGCUGCUGAUGUCAUCGAGCAGCUCCGAAGCUCGACGGGUGAUGCGUUCGCCGGCGCUUGGAUCGCUGAGGAUGGCCACACGCUUAAUGUCGGUGUCACCAACGAAGCAUUGGCUGCCGAGGUGACUGCCGCUGGCGCCACGCCGGCAAUCAUGGCUAACAGCCUCUCCAAGCUUGAAGAGGCUAAGCUGGCACUUGACAAGCAGGACAUCAGCCAGGCCAAGACUCUUGAAGUGGGCUCUGCCGACGUGGGCAUCGCGGCAUAUUACGUCGACGUCACCGCCAACAAGCUCGUCUUGGAGGCACUCCCCGGCAGCAUCGCCCAUGCUGAGGCAAUGGCCGCGCAGGUUGGGCUCUCCGCAUCUGAGUUCGAGGUGCGGGAAGUUGAGUCGAUGCCAACCACUUUGGCCACAGUCCGUGGAGGCGACGCCUACUAUAUCAACAACAGCGCCCGAUGCUCCAUCGGCUUCGCGGUUACAACCGGAUUCGUUUCAGCCGGCCACUGUGGCAGUGUAGGUAGCUCCGCCGCUACCAGCUCCGGUCAGUCGCUGGGAAGCUUCUCCGGUUCAGUCUUCCCAGGUAACGCCGACAUGAGCUACAUCCGCACUGUAUCUGGAACCACUCUCACCGGCCAAAUCAACGGCUACGGUUCGGGUAACCUGCCUGUCUCAGGCAGCACCGCGGCCGGCGUCGGAUCCAGCAUCUGCCGCUCCGGCUCCACCACCGGUGUCCACUGCGGUACCGUCCGUGCCCUAGGCGCAACGGUCUCCUACUCUCAAGGACGUGUCACUGGCCUCACACAAACCAACGUGUGCGCUGAGCCCGGUGACUCCGGUGGCUCAUUCUACUCCGGUGCCCAGGCCCAAGGUGUUACCUCGGGAGGUUCUGGCGACUGCUCUCGUGGCGGCACAACCUACUUCCAGCCCGUCAACGAGAUCCUACAGACCUACGGACUCUCACUGGUCCGGUCUUAAUUGUCGCGUAUUGGUUGGUCAGUUGUUUCGGCUGUCAGCA